CGCCACGGAGUUCUGCUACUUCGACCGCGUCGACGAAACCACCGGCGGCGACGACAGCAGAGACGACAACGCCGGCGACAACGACAGCAGUGACGACAGACACCGACACCCUCGCCCACGCCAUAAUGAGCGACUGCAAGUACAACAGGGUGAUCUCCAACUACAUCGUCAACCCGGAGAUGCUCAUGACCGGCGCCAUACCUAGCCUGUUCAGAAACGCAUACAAGAGGCUCAAUGGCAUGCUGCUGGUUGAUGGAGAGGAGAGAACUGCAGCGCCCCAAGAGGACCUGGACGACCACCGCAGCAGGGUGGAUGAUGGAGAACCUACGCAGGAGGGGACGGCGGCGCACGGGGAGGCGGCCGAGCUCGCCAAGAAGAUAAUCCAGAAGCUCAAGGGCGGUGCCAAAGGCAGAGGCGUCGUUGAAGAUGCUUGGGCGCUCUCCGAGGAGCUCGUGAAGCUGCGCAAAGAUGAUGACGGCAGUGUCAGUGACAGGAUGUGGACGGUGCUAUUCGUCGUGUGGGUGGAGAUGCUCUGUUUCUCCGCCAGCAGGUGCAGAGGGUACCCGCACGCCAAGAGCCUGGGAAAGGGCGGAGACGCCGGAGAGUACCUCUCCUACAUCUGGUUGCUCCUGUGGUGCAUGGGGAUGGAAACCUUGGCAGACAAGAUGCAGAGGGCGCCGGAGAUGUCAGAGCAAGAAGACGGCAGUGCUGGUGGUGGAGGCGCUGAGAUCGCUGACACUACAUCCACCACGCCAGCAGAGACCAUCAUCGGUGACGAGAAUGAGAGAUGAUGGAGCUGCUAGCACUACAUCGCCAACAAUCGUCAUCGGUGACGAAAAGAGAGAUGAGGACGGUGGCUCUCACGGCGCAACAUCAGCUGCAACAGCCACCCCCCAUCAUCGGUGAUGAGAAUGUUUGAAAGAAGUACGGUUUGCCUAGUUCUGAGUAUCGUUAGCUCGAGUUGCGUCCUAGUAUGUAUCUGCACAACAAUUGUUUCGAUUUGUUCGUUGGAAACUAGCAAUUGUGUCAGUCCUCCUUGAGCAGUCACU